UUGGACUCAGAAAAUACUCUGAAGGAUGGAAAUCAGCAUCACGUGUGCCCAGCGGUUGAGGUCCAGCGAGCUCUGACUGAGGAUUUCAAAUCAGACCAGCGGUGCUCCAUGUCCGAUUUGGAAAUUAUGAAGAGUAAGGGAGGACAAACCUCCAAGACCCCACCGACUCCACGGGUGGAGCUACUCAGUUCCUCCAAAGUAAAAGACCGCACGCAGCACGUCACAGAGAAGGUUACACAGGUCCUCUCCUUGGAGUCUGACGUCCUUCCUGAAUGGAAACUCCAGGUUCCAGAGACAACAUGGCUGAUCUUACUUCACUACAGCCCCUUCAAGGCUUUCUGGGACUGGAUCAUCCUCCUGCUGGUCCUCUACACCGCCGUUUUCACGCCCUACUCGGCCGCUUUCCUGCUGGACGAACACGGGGAUAUCCAUCAGAGGAGCUGCGGCUACACAUGUGACCCUCUAAACAUGGUGGAUCUGAUGGUGGAUGUCCUGUUCAUUGUGGACAUCAUCAUCAAUUUCCGGACCACCUACGUGAACCUCAACGAUGAGGUGGUCACCCAGCCGAGCCACAUCGCCAAACAUUACAUCAAAGGGUGGUUCCCCAUCGAUCUGUUUGCUGCCAUACCGUUUGACCUCCUCAUAUUCAGAUCCGGGUCUGACGAGAUGGCGACGUUGAUCGGUCUGUUGAAGACGGCCCGCUUGCUACGUCUGGUCCGUGUGGCCCGAAAGUUGGACCGCUAUUCUGAGUAUGGGGCUGCCGUCCUCUUCUUGUUAAUGUGCACCUUUGUUCUCAUCGCCCACUGGCUGGCAUGUAUCUGGUACGCCAUCGGCUUUGUGGAGAGGCCGUACACUGAGACGGGCUGGCUGGACAACCUGGCGGAACAACUGGGCAAAGCUUACAAUGACAGCGACUCCAAAUCUGGUCCGUCCAUCAAGGACAAGUAUGUGACAGCACUGUACUUCACCUUCAGCAGCCUGACCAGCGUGGGCUUCGGAAAUGUCUCCCCCAACACCAACUCCGAGAAGAUCUUCUCCAUCUGCGUCAUGGUCAUUGGCUCGCUCAUGUACGCCAGCAUAUUUGGGAAUGUGUCAGCCAUUAUCCAGCGGCUGUACUCUGGCACCACCCGCUACCACACCCAGAUGCUGCGCGUGAAGGAGUUUAUCCGAUUCCACCAAAUCCCCGGUGGCCUCCGUCAGCGGCUGGAGGAGUACUUCCAGCACGCCUGGUCCUACACCAAUGGCAUCGACAUGAACGCUGUUCUGAAGGGAUUUCCGGAGUGCUUGCAGGCUGACAUUUGUCUGCACCUAAACCGAUCUCUGCUGCAGAACUGUGCAGCAUUUCGGGGGGGCAGUCAGGCGUGUCUGCGGGCCUUGUCUAUUAGGUUUAAGACAGUCCACUCCCCCCCCGGGGACACCCUGAUCCACUGUGGAGACAUCCUAGACUCUCUAUUCUUCAUCUCCAGAGGGUCCAUCCAGGUCAUCAGGGACGAUGUGGUGGUCGCCAUACUGGAUAAGAACGACAUCUUCGGGGAACCCAUCCACCUGUACGAUGAGCCGGGGAAGUCGAACUCGGACGUGCAGGCCAUCACAUACUGCGACCUGCACCGCAUCAUGAGGGACGACCUGAUGGAGGUCCUGGAAAUCUACCCUGCCUUUGCAGACAACUUCUGGGGGAACCUGGAGAUCACCUGCAACCUGAGAGAAGUCCCUCCAACAAAAACACCAGAGGACUCUGGUGAUGACUGCGGCCUUCGCAGCAGAUCGAGACACAGAGGACACACGCUGGACUGCCGAAUCAGACCAGACGGGAUGGACCGUGACGAGUCGUAUCCGGUUCGGUCAUUUCGCAAUGGUAACUCUGCCCCUCAAGCCCACUGGGACGACUGCUGCAGCUGCGGAUCCCAGUGCUCCCAGUCCAGCGAGGACUUGAACGAGCCCCUGGUUCAGGGUAACAAAGUAGAACUGUACCCUCCAGAAGAAGGCAGGAUGGAGUACUCCCCCUCCGCCUCUGUGAUGAGACUGCUGCCCCCUGGUGGCAGCUCAGUGGAGAGGGAGGCCACGCUGGAAAGAACCCACCAAGCGUCAUCUUUGAACGUGACUGGAAUGUAUCGGUACUGGUCCAACCAGCGGCCGGCGCGGCUCUCCAAUCGAACCUGGCGAUCGUCAUCUGUACGGGAUUCGUACCCCCCACCCCCCCUCACAGAGGAAAGGCCCAGUGAGCUGGGCUCACGGCUGGAAUUGUUACAGUCACAGCUAAACAGACUGGAGACCCGUAUGACAGCUGACAUAAACGUCAUCCUGCAGCUACUCCAGAGACAAAUUGCCCCAGUUCCCCCUGCAUACAGCACCGUCUCCGUCUCCGCCGGCACCCUCGCCACCGACUCGCCGGGCCUGUAUGGCUCCAGAGCGCCACCGGGAAUACACGCCAUGUACAGCAUCACUCCCCUGCCGACCGAUGGACGGCCCUCAGUACAGAACUCUGCCCAACUGGACCUCAAAUUCCCCACCAAGUCCCAGGAGUCUUUGUCCAGCAGCGUCCACGUCAACCCAACGUCAGUCGGCACCACGCACACAUCUGUUAUGCCGGAGACGGCGACCCGCGAGUGCCUGGCCCCGCGGCUUCUCCGGCCAGCCGUCAAACUGAGUGGGGGCCUUCGGUUCCCUUCUCUACCCGGAAACCUGGACCUCCCCUCAGGCCUCACCGAAAUCCAGAGGCACCUCUCAGACCCGGUGCUGCCCGUCACCUGAGGACUGGGGCGGCACGGCAUCGUGAUUUUUUUUUUUUAAUACAAAGAGAAUGCAAUGAACAGUUUUACAUUUCCCACAAUUCACUGAUGCACUUAACUAGGACAGGGUUGGUAUUUUGCUCAGCGGCACAUCAGCGGGGAUCAAACUUGUGGCAUUCUUGUUACAGGACAGUCUUUACCUUCCAGGUAAUACAGUGACCAGACUGCGUGGGAGGAGGUUUUACCUGCUCUGAUUCUCCCUUCUUUUUUUUUUUUACCCCCUUUUUCUCCCCGAUUAUACUUGGCCAAUUACCCCACUCUUCCAAGCCGUCCCGGUUGCUGCUCCACCCCCCCGGGGAGGGCUGCAGACUACCACAUGCCUCCUCCGAUACAUGUGGAGUCGCAAGCCGCUUCUUUUCACCUGACAGUGAAGAGUUUCACCAGGGGGACGUAGCGCAUGGGAGGAUCACACUAUUCCCCACAGUUCCCCUCCCCCAAAAACAGAUGCCCUGACCGACCAGAGGAGGCGCUAGUGCAGCAACCAGGACACAUACCCACAUCUGGCUUCCCGCCCGCAGACACGGCCAAUUGUGUCUGUAGGGAUGCCCGACCAUGCCGUAGGUAACACGGGGAUUCGAACAGACGAUCCCCGUUUUGGUAGGCAACGGAGUAGACCGCUAUGCUACCCGGACGCCUGAUUCUCUCAUCUCAUUUUUAAACUGUCCCACUGAGCACAAACUCAAAACCAGACUGGAUGAGGUACGGUGGCCUGUAAGGACCUCUUCUUCAGGGUCUAUUAGUGCAGAAACAACAGAGGUUUUCACCUUUCGGAAAAUGUUGAAACGAGCACCCUGUAAUUUAAAAAGUUCAACAAAGUACUCAUGAAAGCCUGGACACAUUAGGGUUUAAAAAACUGAAAAUGAAUGUAGCUCACAUUUACCAGCUAUAUUGUCUUAUACUGAAGGUAGGAAAGUUCCUCAGUCACCCCCACCCCCCAUUCCUCAGUCAACCCCACUGAAUGUAAAAUGAGCUGUGAUCCUCAGAUAAUCCUUUUUCACCCUAAGUUUACAGGAAGUGUUGUUUAAAUCUAAUUAUCCAUCUGAUAUUAACUCUUACACUGUAGACUCGUGUAAGUGAAACGCUAACUACCGUCUUGACAUAAAACCAUUCUCUAUUGGUUUAUCAGACGAAUAACUGUUUAUUUUGUAUAAAAUCAAACCGACCGAUAUAAUGAAUAAAACAGCUGUUCCUAAAAUUAAACAAAUCUGUAUUUUUAUGAAGGAGUGCGUAUAAGGCUACAGUAAAUUACAUGGUGACUUGUGUGUAAUUUGACAGGUGUGAUUGCAACCUAUUUAUAUCACAGUGAUCUCAGUGACAUAAAUAAAUCUGACGGUACAAAGCAGGGAGUGAAAAACACGGUCAUUCACUUUGGUUUAAAUCUGUCUACGAUGUUUCUACAAAACUUCUGAAAAAAGGUGAGGAAGGAUAACACAACUGGUUAUACAAUAGUUAAGCAAGUGCCCUAAAUGGCUUAUAGAAACAUAAACAUCUACCAAGUCGACCAGUUUAUAUCAAACAUCAUGCUGGAAGUCAGGCGUGGAAAAAUAUGACCGCCG